CACGUAGUUGUACUUCUGACAGAGCCUUAAUACCACUACAUAAGGGUCAUUAUAUCUCUGUGAUAAUAGAAUGCGAUGUAUUCGUCUUGUUUUUGUAUUGUGGACUGUGACUUGUGAUUUUUUAGUAACUAAUAAAUAUAGAAGAUAUUGUAUAGUGUUUACGUUGACGUUGUGACAAGUGGCCGGCCGGAUCGAAAAAUAUGUCAGUGAAAGUAGAAAAAAUAGUAGCACCAGUGAUGCUGGGCGAGGGCCCGCACUGGGACGAACGGCAACAGUCGCUGUUCUUCGUCAGCAUACACGACUGCACCAUACACAAGUAUGUCCUCGCGAGCAAGACGCACACUAAGACGAAAUUGGACGGGCGCGUCGGCUUCAUCAUACCAGUAGAGGGUACCACCAACCAGUUCGUGGUGGGAGUGGAGACGACGUUCAAGGUCAUCGAGUGGGACGGAGCUGAGGGCAGCGCGGUGAAGGUGGUGCGGGAGCUGGCGACGGUUGACGAGGAAGUCACGCCCAAAACCAGGAUCAACGAUGGCAAGGCCGACCCGAGAGGGAGGUUGUUUGCUGGCACAAUGGGCCACGAAGCAACCCCGGGCAACAUCCUCAACCACACGGCGUCGUUCUACCGCAUCGACGCGCGCGGCUGCGUCAAGGUGUGCGAGAAAAUCGGCAUAUCCAACGGCCUGGCCUGGGCCGACCGCGCCAUGUACUAUACCGACUCCCUCGAGAAGAACAUACGGAAAUACGACUAUGAUGUGGAGACUGGCGAGAUAUCGAACCUGAGCUACAUAUUCGACUUCGAAAAAAACAACAUUACCGGUUUCCCGGACGGCACCACCAUCGACACUGACGGCAAUCUGUGGGUGGCGGUGUUCGGCGCCUCCUGCGUUUUGAAGAUCAACCCUAACACUGGCGAGCUGCUGCAGAAGGUCUCAAUACCCGCUUCCCAAGUAACCUCCGUGACCUUCGGUGGUCCAAACUACGAUAUCCUCUUCGUCACCACCGCCUGCAUGGAGAUCGGCGGACCGCAGAAGCCGCCGAGCGGAGCCACGUUCAUGGUCACGGGCUUAGGAGUCAAAGGACUGAAGAAUGUUAACUUUAAGCUUUAAUAUUUGUUUAUACGUACAUAUUUGUAUAUAUGAUUAUUAUUAUUAGAAGUAGUUUGUGACUUCGGAUUUUCCUACUACAUAGGUUAUAUUGUUAAGCCCAUUUAUAUAUUAUAAUAUUAUAAAAAAUAUAUAAUAUUUUCAUACUGGAA